AUGGAGACACUGGACGCGGACGAGCACUGGGAAUACGAGGCCAUUAACCUAUCGCUACGUAAGGCCGGUCUAGGGAUGAGCAUUAAGGGCGGUCUGGACUCACCGGACAGUUACGACUCGCCGCACAUAUACGUGAGCAAAGUGUUCACCGACGGCAUGGCCUACGCCGACGGGCGGCUACAGUUGGGCGACAUUAUACUGUCGGUCAACGGCUUUCCACUCAUAGACGUAAUGCAUUUUGAAGCCGUGGACGCCAUCAUCAGCGCCGGCACCGACAUUACCCUCUAUUGUAAGCGCAAACGUUGCCGUAUAUACGACAGAAUACCCACCCCUCCCAUCACUCCCACACCUCCAGCAACGCCCACACCUCCCGACACUCCCAUACCUCUCGACACUCCCAUACCUCCCGGUGUGGACCCCAUUGUCGAUGAGGUGGACGGCCUAAUGGAGGUCAGGCUGGAUAAGGGCUCCGGCGGUUUUGGUGUUUGUAUUAGCGGUGGUGUGGAUAACGAGCACCGGAAGGGCGACGGAGGCGUAUAUGUGACUAAAGUGGUGCCGAACGGUGUGGCCGAUAGGGACGGACGACUGGCCAAAGGCGACCAACUGUUGGCAAUCAAUGACGUGAGUCUGGAGAGUGUGACCUACGAGGAGGCGGUGGCGGCCAUGAGAAACAGCCCCCCGAUGUCGGUGUUGACUGUGUUUAGAAAGUUGUGA